CUGGUGCGAAAGCAAUUAAUUCAUUGGGUUUCGCCUUCUUCUACUAACUACUACAGUGCCCAUCUCAAUAUAUCUUGGUAAAAAAAGAUUCACUUUUGUUUGUUCUAAAUGCUGAAUCAUGCACUUACACUGUUAAUCUCGAACAGAGGUAGUACAUAACGUUAGUAGUUUGGUGGACAGAACCAAACAAAGACACGGCGACGUUGCCAACGUCAACAUACGACCGAAAACAGGCUCAAAUCCGUCGAGUUACAUGCGACCGACGCGGCUCACGACAUCCUUUCGGUCCCAGUCCCAAGCAAACCGGGACGCCGGGGUCGCGUAGUCCUCCUCGACCACGUGCGUCGGCGCGUCUUCGCCAAACAUGGUCACGCCAAUGUAUGGACACUCGUCAAACGUGUACGCGCGGUCCGCUUGGAGUCGGGCGACGAGUUCCGCGGCCCAGUGGACGGGGAUGCCCAGAAUCUUGAGCACGCUGGUACUUGUGUUGGCCAUGUCGUGGAGAAGUUGCAUGGGUUCGUACAGCCAGGGGGUGGGGGACCUAGGGAAUCGUGAAGUCGCUUCGGCGGUCAGGUACGCGACGGCGUCGGCAGUGGGCAGGGCGGAGAGUGAGAUUGGGGCCGCCAAGAACGUCGGCCAUGCGGGGUGCGGCGUCCGGAGAAGGAACUUGAACACGGCGUCGCCCUCCAACUUGUGCAGGCGAUACACGAGCUUGAAGCACUCUUGGGUGGCCUCCGUGAGCUGUUCGGCGUGUUUUUUCGACGGAUUCAGAAGAAAGAACUGAUGCCACAUUGUAAACGCAUGCCGCUCAAAGAAAUGCGACAGCGACGCGCUCCACGCCCGCCGACGAAUCGUGUCCGCUGGGAGAAAAGAGUGAAAGUACUGGCUCCACUUGAGCCAUGGUUUGGCCUGGAUCGCAGUGUCGUACGCGGCUUGCAGGGCGUCGGGUGUCGGCAACGAUGGUGAAACUUGUUUGGGCGGCUUGGGGGACGGGGUUUCGUCCACGUUGAGCAGUCGCAGCCGGUUGUCCUGUUCCCGUCGAAUGUAGUUGCUAAACUUGGCCGCGUUGCGCUCACUUGGUCGCCGUCGGCCUUCGUCGACUGCCGGUGGCGUCUCGUCCGUCGUUGCCGGCGGCGCAUCAGCCUCGUCGUCUUCGUCGUCCAGGAACUCUAGAGGAGCGUCUGGUUUUUGGUCGAUUCCCUCGAUGUUUAGGACACGCAACCGGUCGUCUUGGUCCCGACGAAGGAAAUUGCUAAGCGUUGCCGCCUCGCGCGCAGGUCGCCGGCGCCCGCUUUCCGGCACGGUCGGAGCGUCCUUCUUCGAGUCGUCGGUCAGUGCGGUGGGGUGGGCGGAAGGCUUCCUCUUGUGAUCCCUUGGGGCUUUUUUCGAUGAUUGAGUGGUGGUCGUCCGUGGGGUCGAGCUCGAAAUGGGUGGAUGAGGCGCAUCUACCGUGGUUUUGGCUUUCUUGGACGGAGGUGGCGGAGAGGGGGUGGCUGGUACAAUCGAUUCGCCAGCAGUGAUGCUAGUUCCUCGCUUCGGUUGUCUCUUUGGUUGAGCUGGACUCGGGGGUGGCAGCUUGGCAUUGGUACCUUUUUUGCCACCAGCAGCUUGCAACGUUGGCGGCUUUUGUGGUGACACAGUGGCCUUGUUGGGAAAUAGCAGGUCAAUCGACGACGCAUUCAAUGGCAUGGAAAAGAUGGUCACAUUUUCGGCUGCGGCCACAAAGAUGUCGUACGGGGCUAGCUGUUUGUCGACAAACGCCGCCGCAAGCGUGCGCAGGCCGCCAACAUUCUUUACCUGGAAUGUUGCGGCAAUCCACGAAAUGAAGCCAUCGAUAUCCCUAGAGGCAUCAAGUUCUCCAUCGUGAGGUGUUGUGGCGACCGCGGGGUUGCGGUUGCUUCCACUCUCAUCUGCAAGAGCGCGUUGCGUUCGACAGGCUUGGGUGCGCCAUUCGGCGGCGGCCUUGUCGGCAGCGGAGAGCGAUUUUACAGCACGUAGACGCAACGUUUCCAACUUUUCGAUCUCAUCCUCCACAGCUCGUGUCUCCUUGCCAUUCAUGUUGCCGCCAACCGUUCGUUCCUGCUGCGGGAUUUCG